GGUUUGGCCAGAAACCGAUGUCCUCAAGGGAAGAGUAGCACUCAUCCAUCUCAGAGGCCUGGUCGAGAAGUACGUCUCGGGAUAUACGUUGAAGAAAACUGAGCACAUGCACUAGGGUUGGCUGCGUCACUCAGCUCAGAGCUUAGGGCAUACGCCGUUGCAGACGCAUAUGCAGGAGUUAUGAUGCAGCCUUGUCCGCCCCUACCAGCACGGGUAGAGGAAACUAGGGUUUACAGCGAAUACGCUUCAGGUGUUAUUCCUGAGCCCAAGCCAAUUAAUUUACAAUUCAUUCACCCAAAUGGCCCGAGUCGACAAGCAAGCUGGUUCUUUUCGAUAGAGGAAGACGAUGAGAUACCAACAAGCCUAGAUACUGAUUCCAGAGCGUUGUACGAUCGGCUGGUAGAGUUUCGUCAAAAGGUAGCGAACGAGGAGGAGAUGUACCCUGGACAACUCACUACUGACUGUACACUUCGACAUAUUGCCUCAACCCGGCUUGCGACAACGGACGAGUGCAUAAAGCUGCGCAUGAUCUUCCCACAGCUUCGUAAAUUGGUAGGCAAAAAGUAUGCCAAAGUGGUGAAUUCGUUCCAAGAGGAGAUGCAGCAGAGAGACAGUGAGAGGGAGAUUCAACAUGCAUCGGCAAAGAAUAAAUAUCAAGAUAAAUCUCUACAAAUCGGUGGAGAUGUCAAUGGCACUGUUCCAGAUCUUCCCCAAACGCUAGCGGAAGAGGCCGGUCAGGCACAUGCUGGACUUUCUUUUUCCAUGGCAGAGACUGGAAUCGCUAUAGACGAGCAUACCGGCGGCGAUACUGAGCCUGAGAGCGACGCCAAUGAAACGAAUGAUAUUUCUGCGCAUGAAGCCAGCAUCCCAACACAUGAUCCCUCAGCUGAUGUGGAACAGAACCAAGACUCCGACAAGCAUAAAGAUGAUAUACCGUUGAAGCGAAAGCGCUCACUGAGCCUACAAAUCGGCCGGCAACCUCCCAUGAAGAGCUCCUAGAUGCUUUGCCGUCGACAAGUAUAAACCUGACGACGCAACAGUAUGAAUCAUCACCCGGGGAAGCUACAAUCUGUAUGGCAUUCUAUGAAGGAAAAGAUGCUAUAAUAGCACAAGCAUACGUUGUAUCAGAAAACAGUUACUUGUUACGAUGUAAUAGUAUGUAUGCAGUAAACUGCGACACGAAUUCUGGCCACUCUACCCAAGCAGCGUAGACUAGAUCAAUAG